AUCAUCCGAGACAUAAAGUGCACUAUUGUGGAAAGUUCAGUGAUUGCAAAGUGGACAGCAAAAGUAGACGUUUAAUUUAAAAUAUCAUUUAAAAUGUUUCAAGCAAAAGUGAUUUUAUUAGUGUGCACAUUUUGGAUUUAUUUUAUUCAAAGUGAAGUGGUGAAAAGGUCAUUAUCGUGCAAAGAGAACGAGAUGUUUGUAGAAUGCUCCCACUGCGGUCCGAAGAGCUGCGAUGAUCUAGGCCACCCAGUGCCGUGCGUGGGCAACACGGGAAUAUGCAGGCCGCAAUGCGUUUGCAUCGAUGGAUAUGUUAGGGAUGCCAACGAUACUUGCAUACCGAAGACAGAAUGCCCCAGUUGUGGUGGGGACUUCAACGCCACCACGGGGUGUGGUAACCACUGUGGGAAUUCGUGUUCCGAUUACAAAGAAGUCAAUAAGACGUGUUUGAGCGGCUGUCGAUACAACAGUUGUGAUUGCAAGAAAGACUACGUUUACCACGAUGAAUUACAAAAAUGUAUUCUCCCUGUAGAUUGCUGAAAAUUGAACGAGCUCUCAGAAGCGUAAAUGCCGGAAAAGUUAAGAUAAUUGGGGAAAAUUGGACGUAAACGUUGUCCGACGGAUUUAUAAUAAUAAACACUUUGAGUACGGUUAAUGCGAAUUUUUUAUGUCCAAAAAAUAUUAUUUGAUUUUAGAACAUCUAAAUUAAAUAUGAAAAACAUGUAAAUAAAUAUCUACUUACGAUGUCUA